UAUAAAUAUGAAUGCCCUUUUUCCUUCCACAAACUCAAAUAAAAGUCUCAAACCAAUCAAGAAGUAGAGAGAGAAAGAGGGAAAUGGGUUCAAAUAACUGUGAAUUUGAGAAGAAGCCCCAUGCAGUGUGCGUACCAUACCCAGCCCAAAGCCACAUAAACGCCAUGUUGAAACUAGCCAAACUUCUCCACAACAAAGGCUUUCACAUAACUUUUGUGAACACAGAAUUCAACCACCGCCGCCUACAGAGAUCCAGGGGGCCGGAAUCUCUCCGGGGCCUGCCGUCGUUCCGGUUCGAGACCAUUCCCGACGGCCUUCCGCCCUCGGACGUGGAUGCCACCCAAGACAUUCCCUCCCUUUGUGUGUCUACUGCUACAACUUGUUUAGGUCCUUUCAAGGACCUUCUAGCCAGGCUUAAUCACACGGCCGCCGCGACUAACGUGCCGCCGGUGUCGUGCAUCGUCUCCGACGGGAUUAUGAGCUUCACCCUUGCCGCCGCCGAGGAACUUGGCAUCCCUGACGUCCUGUUCUGGCCAAUUAGUGCUUCUGGCUUCAUGGGUGUGAUGCACUACUCCCAACUCGUCGACAAGGGCUACACGCCACUCAAAGAUGAGGGUUACUUAACAAAUGGGUAUCUGGAGACGGAGUUGGAUUGGGUAAAAGGCAUGAAAGGCAUACGUCUGAGAGACCUUCCAAGUUUCAUGAGAACCACAGAUCCAAAUGAUAUCAUGCUCAACUUUCUCAUACAAGAAACGGAGAGAUCCAAAAAGGCUUCUGCAAUCGUUCUAAACACAUUCGACGCAUUGGAUCAUGAAAUUUUAACAGCCCUUCAAUCCAUGCUUCCACCCGUCUACGCCAUCGGCCCCUUACCGUUGCUCCACACACAGUUUGACGACGACGACAACGUAAGAUCAAUCGCAUCAAACCUCUGGAAAGAAGACUCCACCUGUCUGCCAUGGCUCGACACCAAAGAACCAAACUCAGUUGUGUACGUAAAUUUCGGGAGCAUAACCGUGAUGACACCUAACCAGCUUGUGGAGUUCGCGUGGGGAUUAGCCAAUUCCCAGAAACCUUUCUUGUGGAUCGUGAGGCCGGACAUGGUGACCGGGGAAGGAGCUAUGCUCCCACCGGAGUUCAUGGAGGAGACUAAAGAUAGGGGAAUGCUUUCCAGCUGGUGCCCACAGGAACAGGUCCUGGGCCACCAGGCUGUCGGAGGAUUCUUGACUCACUGCGGAUGGAACUCGACUCUCGAGAGCAUAUGUAAUGGCGUGCCAAUGCUAUGCUGGCCGUUCUUCGCAGAGCAGCAGACGAAUUGCUGGUAUUCGUGUACUAAAUGGGGGAUUGGUAUGGAGAUUGACAACAAUGUGGUGAGGGAUGAAGUUGAGAAGGUUGUGAGAGAGCUAAUGGAGAGUGAGAAGGGAAGAGAGAUGAAGAGAAAGGCCAUGGAAUUGAAAAAAUUGGCAAUGGAAGCUGCAGACACCAUUCCAAUUGGCUCAUCUCACGUCAACAUAGAAAAAUUCAUCAAUCAUCUUCUCCUUUCACAUAGAAAGUAACACCCAAAAUUGUCCCAUGAUCCUAUCAGGUCAGAAUAUGACAC